AUGGCUGUUCGAAGUAUUGGUAAGAAAAUUAUGAUAACACAAUACCAAGAUCCCGAUCAAAGUAUCAAAGAGCUAAUACGUUCUGAGAAGAAAUAUGAAAAGAACCCAAACCCCAAGAAAAUUCCUCAGCAUCAACAUUUGCCGUUGUCAUUUUUUCAACAGAAAAGGCCUCGUGGCAGCAGUGCUGGUCAUUCUCCACAGAGCUCCAUGGAUGAAUGUGCUUCAAGUAGUCGAGCGGCGGUAAGCCCGGCAAUGGUCGGCAUGAUGGGACAACCAUUGCCACAACAGCCACCGCAACCUGUAAGCUUCCAUAAGCGGCAAAUCAGUGCUCCAGAACUUCAUCCUGAUUACAGCAUGAAUCGACAUAUUCCACCUAUUCCCCAACCAUCCGUCAAUCAUCAACAUUCAAAAAGUGUUUCCGCACUACCGCCAAUAAGCAUGGAUUUUCAAAAUAAUCCACACCACGUGAAAUCUGUUUCUCAUGAAGCGCAUUAUUCCAUCAGUGGAUUCUCCCAGUACUCUGUACCCCAAGAACCAAUAUUCUCUCAGAGUCGUGACAAGAGCAUGUCAUUAGAUCCAAUGAGACGGAAUUACCUUUCACAGCAAGACAUUGAGCAAAUACCUUUGCCACUAGGCUGGGAAAUUUGUUAUGACAGUGAGGGACACAGAUAUUUUAAAGAUCAUAAUACAAAAACGACAACAUGGAACGAUCCACGAUCAAUGUCCAGUGACCACCUUCUGGGUGAUGGAAUAAACCCUAGUUUCAAUUACUAUGAUAAUCAGAGUGCGUCCCGCUCAAUGCCGUCUAUUCAUCAGCCUGGCCCAACAAUGCAUCCAAACCAUAGCAAUCAAUACGUCCCACAGCAACAGAUGGAUUACAUUCAACAGCUUCAGAAUGAGAGAAUGAUGAUCCAGGAAAAAAAUGUGCAAUUAAUGCAGUCUGGAUUACUUGAUAGUCCACAGCAGCAACAAUAUCAAGCAAUAUCCCCAAUGAGUUCGCAGAUAAUGCAGCCUCAUCAUGAACAUCAGCAGCAACAACAACCACCGCAACAAACACAGCAACAAACUCAACAACAAACGCAACAACAAACGCAACACCAGCAACAGCAAUAUUCAUACAUGCAUGAACCACAGCUGAGUCAACAGCAGAAUCAACAUCCGAUGAUGAAUACAAUGGUCAAUCCUUAUCAAACCCGAUCAAUGAACGAAAACGCAAUGGAAAUUGAUUACGCGCACGGACCUGCCAAUCAUUAUCCAUUUGAUGACAUCAACCCAAGCGAGUUCGAUCAAUAUCUUCAAAUUAGCGGCGACAAUAAUCGCAACGAAGCGUCGAUGGCUCAUUAUCAUUGA